AUGUUUUGAAGGUGGAGAAAAAUAACAAGAAGGGCGAAUCAUCCGCAUCAAUAUCUGAUCCAAUGGACAGUAAACACCCAAGUACCAAAACCAAAAUACUUACCAGGUACACAGGAAAAUUUCUUCUUCUCCUUCCUCCAUAAUCUACCAGAAAAAGUCAAGUCUCUUACUCGCAACAAUCUCUAGCUCUUUCCUUUCUUCCACGUGUUUCUCUGCAUGUCAUCCCAAACUCCACUCCUCUCCACGUACCAAAUCAUCUUCUUCUAACCCAUACACCUCAUAAUAAUCCUCUCGCCCCAAACCACAACCUCUCUCCCUCUCUCUCUUUACACCCCACCAUGGCAGAUCGCCAAAACCAGACGCCCACAACCACAGCCUCAUCAUUACUACGUAAACUCCAAGACCAUUUCCCCAACUCCACCCAGCUCCUUGGGGUCCUCACCCUCGUAGUCUCCGGCUCCAUUUUCCUCAUCCUUACCGGAGCAACCGUCACCGUGACCAUCCUCGCUCUCAUUUUCUUCUCUCCCUUGAUCAUCAUAUCCAGCCCCAUAUGGGUUCCCGUUGGUUGCUUUCUCAUAGUUAUCACCGCCGGCUUCUUGUCCUUUUGUGGCUUUGGAGUCGCCGUCGUUUCGGUUGCUGCGUGGACUUAUAAGUACUUUAGGGGACUGCACCCGCCCGGUUCGUACGGGGUCGACUAUGCACGGAGUCGGAUUUAUGAUACUGCUAGUCAUGUCAAGGAUUAUGCCAGAGAGUACGGCGGAUAUUUGCAGAGUAAAGCCAAGGAUGCGGCUCCCGGUGCUUAGACCACCAUUGUUGAACUGAUAGGGUCGUUGGUUUAUUAGCACGGACGACAUGUUCUCGAACUUGUGUUUAUUUUAAUCAAAUCUUGUUAUUUUGUAUCUGUUUUUCAAGUAUUAAAAAAAAUAUAUGCCUUGCUAAAAAGUAAAAAAAAAAAAAAAAAAGAA